AUUGGGGAAAGUGUUUUUGUUAUUCGAAAAUCAGUCAGUCUCGGAGGAGUGGACUUUACAGUGAUGAGAAGAAUCUCCUCUCUUCUACUGAAACAACCUUCUCCUUCAAUCGCACACAUCCACUUCUCCUUUCCCCUUCACCUCCAAACUCAUCACGACCACAAUGCCACACCACCACCUUCCCAUUCAUUCUUUCACUCCUUCAAAACCCUAUCUCUCCCUCCCCCAGAACUCGUCGAACCUUUCUGCGACCUCUCCGACGUCGUUUCCUCUAAACAAAACCUCCAACCCUCCCCAUGGUUCACCCAAAUCCUCAACCUCCUCGACAACUCACCAACCAUGGAAUCAAAUCUCCAUUCCUUCUGCCGUCAAUUUCUCAUCACUCUUUCCCCCUCCUUCGUCGCCCACACUCUCCGUUCCCUCAACAACAACCACACCGCCCUCCGUUUCUUCACCUGGGCUUCCAACCAACCUAACUAUUCACAUUCCCUCGAUUGCUACGUUUCACUCAUCAACCUCCUCCUCUCCCCCCCAACCUCCACCGCCGCAGCAUUAGAUGUUUUCGCCGAACUUCAACAUAACCGCCUCCCGCUUACAUCCCCGUCCGCCAAUUCCCUCAUCAAAAGCUUCGGUAACUCCGGAUUGGUGAACGAGCUUCUGUUGGUUUGGCGGGGAAUGAACGAACAAAACAUCCAACCGAGUCUCUUCACUUACAAUUCGCUUCUUAACGGACUCGUUGGUUCGUCUUUUAUUGAAUCAGCAGAGCGUGUUUUCGAAGCCAUGAAAGAAGGAAGAAUAAAGCCUGAUGUUGUAACCUACAAUACUUUGAUCAAAGGGUAUUGUAAGAUCAGGAAAACACGCAAGGCGAGUGAGAUGGUUCGCGAAAUGGAGGUAAUUAACUUGGAACCUGAUGUUGUUAGUUAUAUGACAAUAAUGCAGGCUUGUUAUGCGGAAGGUGAUGUUGAUUGUUGUUUGAGUCUUUACCAUGAGAUGGAGGAUAAGGGAAUUGAAGUUCCUUCUCAUUGUUAUAGUUUGGUGAUAUGCGGGCUUUGUAAGACGGGGAAGGUUUUAGAAGCUUAUGCUUUGUUUGGGAAUAUGAUGAGAAAUGGUUGUAAGGGUAAUAAGGCUGUUUACACUGCUUUGAUUGAUUGUUAUGGGAAGAGUGGAAAUUCUGAUGGGGCUUUAAGGUUGUUUGAGAGGAUGAAAAUGGAUGGGAUCGAACCUGAUGAGGUUACGUAUGGUGCUAUUGUUAAUGGAUUGUGUAAGAGUGGGAGAGUGGAGGAAGCUUUGGGUUAUUUUCGGUUUUGUAAUGAGAAUGGCGUUGCUGUCAAUGCUGUAUUUUAUUCUAGUUUGAUUGAUGGACUUGGAAAGGCAGGGAGGGUCGAUGAAGCUAAGAAGGUGUUUGAUGAAAUGGCUGAGAAGGGUUGUCUGCCGGAUUCAUAUUGCUACAAUGCGCUCAUUGAUGGACUGUGUAAGUGUGGGAGGAUAGAUGAUGCUCUAGCGCUGUUUAAGAGGAUGGAGUGUGAUGGUUGUGAGCAUACUGUGUAUACGUUUACUAUACUUAUCAGUGAGCUUUUUAGGGUGCAUAGGAAUGAAGAGGCGGUCAAGAUGUGGGAUUUGAUGAUUGACAAAGGGAUAACGCCGAACGUUGCUUGUUUCAGGGCUCUUUCAAUUGGAUUGUGUCUUUCGGGGAAAGUUGCGAGGGCUUGUAAAGUGCUGGAUGAGCUUGCACCUAUGGGGAUUGUUCUUGAAACAGCUUAUGAAGAUAUGAUUGGAGCACUGUGUAAAGCCGGCCGUGUGAAGGAGGCUUGUAAGUUGGCUGAUGGAAUUGUGGAUAGGGGUAGAGAAAUACCUGGGAAGAUUAGAACUUUGAUGAUUCAUUCCUUAAGGAAAGCUGGGAAUGCUGAUUUGGCUAUCAAGUUGAUGCAUAGCAGGAUUGGUAUUGGGUAUGAACGAAUGAGGAGCGUUAAAAAGAGAGUCAAGUUUCAAACCCUUGUUGACAACUGAGAUAUUUCAGGAGUCGUGAAAACGUUGGUAUAUUUGGACAGGAAUAGUUGGUUGCUUUAGUAAUUCUCAUGCCCUCGGACAGCUUUGAAGAAUUUAUGUCGAGUUUGGAUGGUUGAAAAACACUGCCAUUUCAAGCCAACACAUAUUGGAGUGUAACAUGUUACUUUAACUUCCAAUUGAAGUUACAAUAUUUGAAGAAUGAUGAAAUCCACAUUAAUAUUAGGACCAUAUUGCAUGGUUUCUUUCUUUGACCAUCAGCUUGAAAACAUAUUCUCUUCUGUGUACAGCUCCUUCUUCCUAAGAUUUUUGUUUUUUUUCAAAUAAUUCCUUUUUUAUUCCUCUUGGUAUAUUACUUUUAUUGAAUGGAAUGUCUCAUUUGAACAAAGUAUCGGGUUUGUAGUAUUGAAAGUCGUGGGUCCAUAACACAUUUUACUCUUUGUAAAUGUGUCCAUAAAGCUUUUGAAAUUGAGAUAUGGAGGCUCAAACCUCCCUUGAAAAGAUACUCCCGAGGUACUUGGUACUUUUAUUCUUUACAUAAUAAAUGAUUCUAAUGUGAAUUUUAUCAUCUUAAUCUGACUUCCAUGCUAAUUUCAGGUAUCCUAAUGAUAAGUUGCAGCUGAAAAUAGCAGUAUAUUUUUCAAUUUCAGGGGAUUUAACCUGUUGGUUAGAAGUGCAUGUAUAUCACUAAAAGUUUGUAGUUUUUCAAUUACUGCAAGAAAGAUGCAUCCUCCAUGGGAUUUGGUGUAUGACCGUCUUUACUUCAAUAUAUCAUACUAUUUGUUCUAGGAUCAAAUGAACAUACAGUACUGUUUUCUUUCGGCCCACAUUUUUGUUAAUGUAUUUUAGUUGCACUGUGUUUUACCUGGUUUUGUUCUCUAUCAUGUAGGAAAAUAAGAAUAUUAUAAGAUGAAUCUUUUUUAUGGGUAAGCAAGACGGGUCCUUUUAGCUAGAAGUGCCUGAAUUGGCUGUCAUAUUGUGAUGAAAACUCAGCUGAAGUAAUAUUUUGAUGGACCAAGAACCAAGCUUACAUGAAUUGGUUUUAAGGUAACUCAUGACCAAGAGAUUUAUUCUGAUACAUUUCUUCACAAAGUUAGCACACUGUUAUAGCAAUGAUCCUUUUCUUAGCUCUUGAAUAGUUUUAUACAACAGCUUUCCAGUCUUAAUUGCACUUCCUCUACAUUGCCUCAAUGUUCAUCUUGGUUGAUCAAUUUUGGUCUUGGAAGGAUUACCACAAACCAAAAUUAUUUUGACCUUCAUAAUUCAUAUAUGACUACAUAUAUGGUAAACAGUUCUUAAUUUGGUUUAUCUAGGCAUGUUGUUGUUCAGCUGGUUAUAUAAGUAAUUCUGUUUUCCAAAAAAGUUUGAUAUAUGAAGAGUUUGAUACACCUCUA